CUUAGACAGCUUCAAUGGAAGGAAGGAGCCAAGAAGGAGGUCUGCUGGGAUCUGAAGAUGAUCAUUACAACAUGGAUUGUGUACAUCUUUGCUCGAAAAGGUGUAGGGAUGCCCUUCCCACCAAAGACAAGCUCGGACAUUGAAGUUGUGGAAAGUGAGGCUGUAUCUGUAGUGCAGCACUGGUUAAAUAAAACAGAAGAAGAGGCUUCCCGGUACAUAAAGGAGAAGAUGUCUACCAACUCCUCUCCUACCCAUGGCCAGGACAUAUAUGUGACCAGAGAUGUGGUGAAGCACCCGCAGUCAAAGUGUGACAUUCUAGCAAACCAGAACCAAGAGGUACUGGAGGAAAGAACGAGAAUUCAGUUCAUAAGAUGGAGCCACACCCGUAUCUUCCAAGUGCCAAGUGAAAUGAUGGAUGACAUCAUGCAGGAGCGAAUAGAGCAAGUGAGACGAAGCAUAUCCCAUCUCAGGUGUGACUCAGCUCAUGACGCAAGCUUCAGGUCCUCCUUCUCAGAUUGCUAAGGUUAAAGACCUUGGGGGUCAAAGAGCAGCGCAUGUCCAGAGAGUGUCCAUCUGAUAUUUGACCUGAAGAGUGACUGUAUCUGAGCAGAGAGACUCCAGAGGUUGAGCCCUUGGAUGCCACAGUGACU